ACUUUGUCAUCCGCAGCAUAAAUAAAACACACUUUUUCUUGUCAAAAAAAAAGUAAAUAGCAAAGGCAAGCUGCAAACUUACAUUUAUAUGCUAUAUAAAAAAGAGCAAAGAUGUCGCGCCGCACAAACUUUAUCGAUGGCAACGACAGCUUUCGCGAGCAAAAUCUACGCUUUGUGCGGAACGAGUUUGAGGAUAACAUAAAUCAAUUCUUUGGCUCUGGCAACGAUGCUGGUCCUGCUAAUGGUCCUGGUCAAUCGGACAGUGGAGCCCCACCACGCGACUCAAUAAUUGCACAACCAACACCCGGCAAUUAUAAUGAAUCGCCGUUCCGCAGCGCGGAGCUGGAUCAGCGACGUCAAUAUCUGCGCCAGCUGGGCAUCAGCCGGAAUCGGGCUCAUAUCAUGUCCAUCGCCUCUUUUAAAGUGCCCGAUUUCAAUUUGGGCGACAUUCGACGGCAAAGAUAUCGCCUGAGCCUGGAGGCCGGCGACAGUCGCCAGGCCGAGGUGGACGCCAUCAUUGUGCGCCAAAUUACAGCCAUGCUUGAGUUGCGGCCCGGUUUAAGGCACAAGGAGCGACCCCGAACUCCGCCGCCACCUCGUGACAUCGAUUGGCAUGGUGAACUCGAGGGCUCACGCGAUUUAAGGGAUGUUGUGCCAAGGCAACGCGAUGCAAGUCCGGAAAAUGUUGGACUAUUUCGAAGAUUCGAUGGCGACGAUUGUGAACGAAUCAAUAGUUCUUGGCAGCGAAACGAAAACUUUGAUCAGCGAAACGAAAAUGUUCGCGAUCGAAAUGAUCCUUUUCGAAAUGACAAUUUUCAACUUCGAAACGAAAAUUGUCGUGGGCGGCAUGAAAACUUUGAUAGAGAUGACAAUAUUCAUGGGCACGUUGCACGAUAUGAUAAUGUUCGUGAUCGAAACGAUGAUUAUCGGGAAGUGGACAGAUUCAAUUAUAACCAUCCAAGAUUUAUGGAUAAUAAUCGUAAUCCAAGCAUGGAAGAUAUUAAUCUUAAUCGUCGUCAAGAGCGAUUCAGAGACGCUGAACCCAUUAUAUAUAGCAACCACAACAAUCGUCAGAUAAGUAAUUCCAAUUUUGGUUCAGAUCGUCGUCAAGCAAGCCCUGAAAAUUGUCCUGAUGAUAAUUUUCGUGGCGAGCGUCGAAGAAGUUUCAGUAGAACUUUCGAUGAUUCAAAUAGAUUUAGUAGAAAUUUCGAUGAUUCCAACAGUUUCGGUAGAAAUUUCGAGAAAUCCAACUUGAACGAUUACGAUGACGAUUACCGAGCAGUUCCACGGAAGCUACACGAAGAAAACUAUAGCAGAAAUAGCCCGGAACACAGAAGGAUGGAGACAUGCUACCCCGAUGACAGAAACGAACCACGAUCUUACAAUGAACGCAACGAAACUUAUCGCGAGGAGGAUUUCCGCGAGCAGCAGUCAGAUUUGAGAUCUCGUGGUUCCAUUUUUGGGGAGUCAUUUCAUAAUAAUAUUAGGAAUGAUGACGAUCGAUUUCAACGUAUUGAAAAUGCUGACAAUUUUGCUUGUCGAAGCAAUUUCGAAAACGAUUUUAACGCAGAGCUAUCAAAUAGUUUUGAUGACAGAAAUGAAAUUUUACUGUAUAAUCGAAAUCAAUAUAAUGCCGAUUAUAAUGCUCUGUUAAAUUUUGAUGAUCGUCUUGAUUUUAAUCAAGAUUUUCGGGACAGGACGAACGGCAACCAUAAUAAUAGCUCGACUGACUUUCAAUCUGGCAAUCAGUCCAUCAAUGAUAACUUCAGAAGCUUUGACUUCUCAGAGCCCGACAGAAACAUGAUGCAAAGUGACAAUCUGGAUCUGGACGAUCGUCAUGAAUUUAAUCAAGAUUUUUCGGACAGAUCGAAUUGCAACUUUAUCCAAUCUGGCAAUCAGUCAGGCAAUGAUAAUUUUAGAAGCUUUGACUUCUCCGGUCCAAGCACAGACCCGAUGCAAAGCCAACUUCAAAACCGAUAUUCCCAACAGUCAAUGAAACAGGCUGGAAAAAAAUCGCUUAAUCGCGCAAAUCAAAUGAAACAAAAACAGCAACCAAAUAAACAAUUCGCUGCCAAUCUAUUUGGCAACAACAGAUCUAAAGGCCCAAACCCAAAUAAGCCAAGUACAACGCAAACACAGAAUUUGCAGCAUCCACCAAAUCGAGCUGCCAAAUGGCCACUGCUGGCUGCCCCAACGGGCCCCAGGAAUAGGUUUAAUCAAUCCAAUAUUAAUGAUAAUGGCACAAAUUUGAACGGGCCAUGUACAUGGCAAGCUGCUCAUCAGAUUAGGCAGCAGCAACAGAAGCUGCCAUUAAAACCAUUCGGAACUGCCCAAAAGCGUAGAGCAGAGUCAUCACAUCCGGGAGCGCCAACGAAAGCAGAGAUCAAGAGACGUAAAAUGGCGGAGAAGCGAGGAUUCCUCAUUGGUGGCCACAAGUUGCCGUACAUAAAUCGAAGUGGGAAAUUAUUGCCGCAGCCCGAGGAUACAUCAUAUGCGGUCACAUUUUUCGAACAUGAACCGAUCUACAAUACAUCCAUAUACGCCAUAAACAACGACGAAAUGGGCCCAAUGACAGACAUCGACGACGAUGAAGAGGACGAGAAUACGGAUGAGGAGGCAACGGACAAUGGGCCAACGGGCAUCCUGAGGGUCGCACUUAGGAAACAUCAUGCCAUCCGAAAGAAAAUCAACAUGGCCUGGACCAAGCUCUAUCGAUCGAGCAACUUUAAAUGCUGGCCCACCUGGUGGAAGGCCUACAAAUGGUGUGAGCCGGAAAUGAAUCGACAACUGGAGAAGUUCGGUUCACUCAAUAUCCGUCAGAAAUUUCUACCCAUUUAUCCAAAAAAAUCCACUGCUCAUGUCAUCAAUAUGGUGAUGAAAGCAGCACAUUUCGCCCUGGAGGAAAACACAGGAUCGCAUUAUCGCAAUGCGAAGGCUCUCUAUGUGGUGAUGAAUGAGACGUUCCUGGAGAAUCUCUCAUUAGACGCCAUGGAGCAGCUGCAGGACAUGAUACGGGGUGCUCCAAAUCAUUUGUGGGUGUACAAGAUGCGCAGCACGGUCUAUCUCUGGGCAGAAUACCAUAAAAUUAUAAACGCAAAACCGCGAAAUGAACGUAACUUUGUGGCCAUCCAUGCCCAAUGGAAGAGUCCCGUCUUCCAUUGGAUGUGCAAGCAGGCAUUCGAUGAACUGAAGGCCAUUAGUGCCAUUGAGUGGAGCGAUCACAGCACAGAGUACCCACAUCUGGAAUCAACUUUAUAGAUUUUGGGCUUAUCUUUAAUAUAUAUGCAUUCUGUAUUGUAAAUUAUAUAUACUUAAUUGGAAUAAAGCUUCAGGAGAUUAAUGAAACAUUAAUCAUUAAAAUG